AUGUAUGCUAGGCCGCAAGAGAUAUGGCCUCGGCUCCUACAACACGCUCCGCCCGCACUGAUUGAACUGUCUGGCCUCCUUUGCAUUCAAUUCGUGGGAUUCUGGCUGCCAUCGAUGAUUUUGCUCGGUGCGGAUUUCUGGAACAUGCCAGGAUCUAGGAAGCACAAGAUACAGCCACCAGCCCGGCAGCCAACUCGCGAACAGAUAUCUCGUUGUAUUUCCACUGUACUGAGCAAUCAGCUGAUGGCAUUUACCGUCAAGAUCACUGAGCUGGGCUUGUUGCGACUCCUUGGCAAGCAGUCGUUCUAUCGCUACGAUGCCGCCCUGCCAGGAUGGCAUGAACUAUGCCGAGAUAUCGCCGGCUGCGUUAUUAUCUGCGAGGUCCUCUUUUACUAUUCACACCGACUCCUGCAUAGCCGACACUUCUAUCGACGCAUCCACAAGCGACACCACGAGUUCGCCGCCCCGAUAGCGAUCGUUGCGCAAUACUGCCAUCCAAUUGAGCAUUUGCUAUCGAACCUCGUCCCCUUCUGGCUACCACCUUAUCUUCUUGGCUGUCAUAUCAUUACCUGCUUCAUCUUCUGGACGGCAGGUGUCACUGAAACCAUCAUCGCUCAUAGUGGAUACGACUUCUUCGCUACGUUGUCGAAAGCGCACGACAAGCAUCAUGAGAAGUUCAAUAUCAACUUUGGCACGCUUGGCUUCCUGGACUGGCUUCACGGCACCUCCGGCUGA